CCUCUUUGCGGACGCUUGUUGUUACCGGAGGCGGACAGGUCUGCAGCUGCAGGUGUUUAGUGUUACUUCAGAUCAGCUGAGGAUGAAGAAUCGGUUAUGGUGAGUGAAUAUGGAGCUCGUUUUUACGCGGUUCGACUCGUUUGACUUUGAGGCGGAUCAGCGGUUUGUGGACGGUCUGAAGUCCGUAAACAGAACCGAAACCGACCUGCUGGACCUGAAACUGUUCUUCUACAACAGGUUUGUCGAGCCCAUUGACCGAACCGGCUACAAACAGUGGAGCUCUUCUUCCUGUGUGAGAGGCUGCCCUGAUGAGGAGCUGGACCGGACGGCGUCUUCACAUUCAGACUCUGAACUCACAGCAGAAACUUCUGAACCCACAGAGACAAAGCAGCUCUCCUUUGCAGAGGUGAUGCGACUGGUUCAGGAGGGAAAGGAGGUUCCCGGAGUGACAAAAGUGGACAUACAGCCAAGCAACCAGAAUCCUACUCCCUCUCGAAUGGAGCGGAUGCUGAAACCCUGGGAAACCGCAUCAUCGUCCCCAGAGUGACCUUUGACUCUUUACAGCACUGUGUAGAUAAAACUCAGUGCUCAUAAUAAAAAGUAUGAAAGGCUGCAGUGCAAACGGCAUGCUGUUGUUACAACUGCUGCAGAGCAACAGUCAUGUCCCCACAGCAGUCCAACAUAAACAUACGUACAGCGUGUCAUAUAAAACAGAUCUACAUGUCCUACACCGUCACGAGAACAACAGAUGGAGUAAAUGACAUCUGUGUCUGUUGGUGUUUUCUUUGGAGAAGCUAAACUUUGAUUUAAUGGAAGUAACUAGAAAUCUGUGGUCUGAGGUGUCAGAAUGAUAGCCUGUGGCUCUGAGAGGAGCCAAAUUUCAUAUACAGCUGUCAUCAAAAGUUUACUUUGUAGCUUUUAAUGAUAUAUUUGAACUGUCCUUUUUCUCAGAGUUGAAUGAUUGUACAACAAGCAUCUUUAAUUACUUUAAAAGGACUGGGUGCACACGUAACUGCAGCAGCUGUAGUUAAAAUACUCUUGCAUCACACCUUGACAGUUUUCUAGUUUUCUCCUAUUUUUAAGAUUAAGACUACCAAACCAGCAAAUCAUCAAAAGUGAGAAGUAGCACAGAUCAAGUAAAUAUUUUCCAUUUGCACACCGUAAUCUUUAAAGGUUUUAAAUGAUCAAUUACAGGCUAAUGUGAUAGUUUGCUUCUAAUGAUGCUGCUUCCUUGCUUCUCUCUAUAAAAACCUUUUAAAAUUUAGCUAAACAAAAAUAAUAAAA